GCAGCAGGAGUGCCGGACGGAAGGCACCAGAGACCGGAAACAAAGGAGCGGCGCUCUGGGCCGCUGGCGCUGCGUGUCGAUGGUGCUGGAGGACCUGAGCGCUAGCUGCGGGCUGGGGCGGCGGCAGGAUGCGGGCCCUCGGAUGGUGUACUGUAAAGAAGUCUCCUUUUCUGGCAAGAGCACUGACAUCCAUGACUAAUGGCUUCCAAUCUCUUGCAGACAUGUCUGAAGGACACUUACCCAUUCAUGUGAAUAAUGUGCGAAGCAGAUUGAGGGCUAUAGUGGGAGCUUCUACCAACUGGAGUGACCAUGUGCAAGCAAUGCAUGAAAGAAAAGACCUACAUAUUCUAUUGGCCGGAAAGCAGGAAGACUUGCCACCUAGGAAAAUGAAAGAUAGCUACAUAGAGGUAGCUUUACCUCUUGGAAGUCAACCUGAAUUAAGAGAAAAAUAUCUAAAUGUACACAACAGUGUGAGGUUUGGAAGAAUUCUUGAAGAUCUUGACAGUUUAGGAGUUCUCAUUUGUUACAUUCACACCAAGCAUGAAGCUUCUCAGAGAUCUCCUUUGUCAAUAGUUACAGCCCUGGUAGAUAAAAUAGAUUUGUGCAAGAAGGUCAUAUACCCAGAUUGUGAUAUCAAAUUCACUGGAAAUGUUUCUUGGGUUGGGAAGACCUCAAUGGAAGUGAAGAUGCACAUGCUUCAGGCUGGGUUACAUGAUGGUGCUUACAGCCCUGUGUUAGAUGCAACCUUUGUCAUGGUAGCCCGUGAUCCAGAAAACAAGAGGCCAGCAUUUGUUAAUCCCUUAAUUCCUGAGGGCACAGAGGAGGAAGAAAUCUUCAAGAAAGGAGAAUUGAACAAAACAAGAAGAGUUGAUUUCAACACUGCAUCCUUACUGAAAAUGGCUCCUACUGCGGAAGAAAGAACCAUUGUUCAUAACAUAUUCCUUAAUAAGACUGUAAGUUUUCGGAGUCGUGUGUUACCACCCAAUUCAGUAUGGAUGGAAGAUGCAAAACUUAAGGGCUUGGAGAUCUGCCAUCCACAGGAACGGAACAUUUUCAAUAGAAUCUUUGGGGGAUUUCUCAUGAGGAAAGCAUUUGAGCUGGGAUGGGCUACAGCCUGCAGUUAUGGAGGUUCCAGACCUUUUGUAGUAGCAGUAGACGAUAUCAUGUUUCGAAGACCAGUUGAGAUUGGGUCCCUAUUACUGCUUUCUGCACAGGUCUGUUAUACAGAAAAAAACUAUAUCCAGAUUAGAGUACACAGUGAGGUUUAUGAUUCAGAUACUAGAGAGCACAAGACAACCAACAUCUUUCAUUUCACAUUUGCAUCAGAAAGAGAGGUGCCAGAGAUUGUCCCGAAAACAUAUGGUGAAUCCAUGUUGUAUUUAGAUGGGAAGCGGCACUUCAGUGCCACCAUGAAAGAAACCAGAGAAAUGGAGAAAACUACUGCAGCACCUUAGAAAAAUAUUUGCUUUGUAGCAACGUCUGCCAAAGAUUGCUAGCUUCCUAUGCACAGUGUAUCAGUGAUGGCAUUCCUAAAAUUUAAUGUACUGUGGUAAUCAGUGUAGGCAUAUUGAAAAGUGGUCUGGCUUUGUACAAAAAGGCAAUCAUUUAGCACUAUUUAUACAGCUAGCUGUAGGCUUCCUAUUCCCUUUAGCACUUCCAUGAUUAAGAUGUAUAGCUUUUUAAAAUUCUGGUAUGGUAGGCUGUUCAUGGUAAUAUAGAGGGAAAACUUUACAGGAAUACUACCAUUGAGAAAUCUCAGUUUUGUUACCUUUUCCAUCUCUUCUCUCCUACUACACCUAUGCUUGUUCUUUGCACUAUGGUCCCAGAUACAGGAAAGCUAUCAUCUCUAAAAGGAGGACUGCAUAUGUUGAAACCCGGUGUGAUUAUUUUGUGCAAAUCUGGACCAGGUUCCUGUCUGAGUUAGUCAGACUCCUGUUGUUUCGCAGGAACAGGUAUAUCUGGACAAUGGAAGGCCAGUGUGAGGUGAACACAGUCCUAGCAAUCAUGUAUGUAUUUAUCUGUUGAUGGGAUUUCACAAGGUUACUGUGGCCCUUGUUUUGAAGAGUUGAUGCUGCGUGUUUCCUAUUUCUUUUGUGGAUAUGCUGAUUUUUACAAAGAAUGAAAUGGCCAAAUGUGAAGUUUACAGAUAUCUGAGAGAGAUCCCACCAGUUCUGCAUAUUCUUUUAUAUAAGUGGUUCAGUGGACGAAAGGUGACAUAGGACAAGUUCCUGAGAGAAUUAUUCCUGAAAGCUUUUAGCCCAAAUAUAGUACAAAUGCUGUUGGCAGUGUGUUGUACAUUUGUUGGAAGGGGAGGGAGGCUUUUUAGAACAAAACAUUGUUCCAUCUUUAUGUGAAAGCUGCUAGAACAGCAGUGGAUUGAACUGUUCCAUUUCAGAAGUCAGGGCCCAUUGACCCUGGUGAACAGUUUGCAGGACAGAUCGCGGGGUGGAAAGAUCGCUGUGUUCUCAGAUCCAGAAAGAUUCCAAGAUAAGAGUAUUGCUAGAAAAAAGAAUCCUGAACUGGACCAUAGGCUAGUUCUUGGUGGAACGAAGAUGGCCUGUAAUGAAGUACUACACAUCUUCCCCAUCAGAGCACCAAAGGGUUAUUUGGAACAUAUGAAGUAAAAAGAAAUGUUCUGUUGCAGAUGGACUCUGACAUCAGCUGACAUCUCAGAGAAAUAAUGAAAACUCUAGAAGAUGAGUUACAAAAGGAAGUCCUAGAUCUGGGUGACAAUGAGAUAACUGUGCAGGAAGAUGGAACAGUCUCCAUGUAAGCCAGGGGUGUCCAAACUUUUUUCAAAGAGGGCCAGAUUUGAAGACGUGAACAUGCGUGAGGGCCGGGUCGGAGGCGGGCGGAGAGCGCAGGGCACGACAGCCUCACGGUGGCCCAGGGGCAGGGUGAACCCGCAGCCGAGCGGGGGAGCGGGGCUGCGGACGUGCCCUACAGGGCAGGCUCUAGGACCGCGGAGGCCAUGGGCGGCGGUGGCGCAGCCGGAAGCGGCGUGCUGGGCGCGCCAGUUCAAAAGAGCGCCGGGGAGCCAGGAGAGGGGGAGGAAGCGGGGGCCAUAUUAAAUCGGAACACGGGCCGCAGUUGGCCCGCGGGCCGGACUUUGGACAUGCCUGAUGUAAGCACUUUAGAAAAGCCUCCUAUGUGGCAGCAAAAGAAGAAAAGAAAAAAUUCUUGUGGAAACAUACAGCGUAGAAACUGGCACUUGACAACAGAGAGAGGAAGAUCAGAAGGAACAGAUGUGAAACAUGGAUAUCCCAUUCAGCAAUUACUGAAAGGGAGCCACCACAGAGUAAUAGGGAUAAUAGAAGUAAUAUAUGUAGGCUUUUGAAUACUGUGCAAUAUUGAUUUAAAAAUUACCAUUAUGCAAUACCAAUAAAGCACAUAUUAAAUGGGUUAAGAACUAGCUAACUGAUGGAUCUCAAAAAGAAGUAGUCAGUGGUGAAUCAUCAUCAGAUGUGGGGUUUUCUGAUGGGAUUUUGCAGGGCACAGUCCUAGUCCUGAUACUCUUCAAUAUUAUCAUUGAUGAGGGAAUAAAUAUAAAGUCACUGCUAAUAAAGCAUGUGGGUAACAAAUGAGGACAGGGCAUUCAUACAAAACUAUCUGUGUCACGUUCUAAACUGGACCCAUUCCAACAAAUGUGUUUUAACACAGUCAAAUGCAAGGCCAUUUAGGAACAAGGAAUGUAGGCCAUACCUACAGAAUGGGGGCCUGUAUCCUGGAAAGUAUUUAGGACUCCUAGUGAAGCUAUGGGUAUAUAAACAGUGAAGUAGAGAAUAGAGGUGGGAGGUGAUUUUACCUCUGCAUACAGUAGCAGUGAGACUAAUGGAAUACUAUGGCCAGUUUUGAAAAAUUGGAAAAGGUGCAGAAAAGUUACGAAAAAGAUUUUGCAAACUGAAAAGCAUAUUUUACACAGAGACUCAAAUAGCUCAGUUUUGUUUAGCUUAAUCAAAAAGAUUGGGAUGACUUGAUUAUAGUGUAUAAGGGAGAAAAUACUGGCUAAUAACUUUUUAAUCUAGUAGACAAAUACACAAGAACCACUGGCUGGAAGACGCAUUCAAAUUAGAAAAAAGGCACCAAUUUUUAACAGUGAGCGCUAUUUAGCCAUGGGACCAAACUACCAUGGGAGGUGGUAGAUUCUCCAUCUUUUGAUGUCUUCAACUCCAUAGUUGGAUGCCUUUCUGAAAGAUGUUUUAGCCAAACAAGUUAUGGUGUACAAGAUAGGGUUAACUGAAAUUCUUUGGCCUGUGUUGUUCAGGAGGUCAGAUUAGAUGAUCUGUUGGUCUUAAAAAUCAAUGAGUCUAAGGUCUUAUUCACAAAGUGAUUUUAGUGUGCAGCAAGCUGGAGUGUAAAUCUAUAUUGCAAGUAAUGUUGUCUCUGACUCAGCAGUCAAGAAGGGAAUAAGUUGAUAGAAUUAAGUGCUAUAGUAGUAUCUUAUUUCCUGAUAUUAGCAUUUGAGGAAUUCAGAAUCCUGGCCAGGACUGUCUCCCUCCCUGUAGUAAAGCCAGGCCAUUGUUUUUGAAGGGAAUUUAAUUAUUUCCACUAAUAUAAAAAGGAAAAAAAACGCCUGUACAUGCAUUGCUGUGGCAUACUGCAAGGUAUAGUCUGUCUACUGCUGAACACUUGUGUUCCCUCAGUUCUUCAACCUGGGGUGCCUUUCACACUGCUUUGGUCUGUUCUUAGUCUCAAGCAUACAGAAUUACUCACAGCUGAAUGAGUGCUGUAGCCAGUCACUCUGAAUUAUAUUGCAGUGACACUAGCAAAUUCUCAGUUCUAGACUUUCCCCAGUAUUAUGCAUCUUGCACUGCCUAGCUUUUCCUUCUGUGCAGUACAAACUCAUAGAAAGUCUGUCAUUUUAAUAAAAAAAAAUAUGCACAAUCCCUAGUAUCUCAAAAGAUGUUCCCAAACGCACUGGUUUAUAUAAAAGAAGUUUAACAACUACCGAAAGUGGUUAUGAGUACUGAGGCAUAAAAGAAUUGGUUAAAAAGAAAAAAGUGAUUUGUCUAUUUGAUUUUUGUGGACAGCUGCCUUAGGCAUUCAUUUGCCUUUCUCUCUGAGGAACUGGUUUGGGCUGCUUCCUCAGAAUUGGAAUACAUCUUAGUAGCAUACAAUAUUUCUCAGUAGAAUUUUAUACCUGUACAUAUGAUAUUGCCACACAUUUUUUACCAGGACAGUAAUGAUCAGUGAAUUAUGAGUUUUAAAAUACUUCACAAGGCAUACUUUGUGUAAAAUUUAUCUUAGUUUUGUAAAAGUGGUGACCCUAAUAGUACAGUGUGUCACAGUUACCUCUUGGUCAUUCCUGUCCAAGCUGUUCUUGUUUAUGUAAAGAGAGGGUGAGACAACAUUUCUGGAAAAGUUAAGUCAGACUGAUACUAUCUAGAUUGAGUUACCAUUUGCAUAUAUACAACCUCUUAACUUUUCAGCCAACUUUCUGUUGAAACUUUGACAAUGUGGUGAUAUUCAAUACUUUUUAUCCGUUUGAUACUGUACGUACCUUCUGGUUGUAUUCCAGAUAAGAGGGCAAUAAAAUGUACAGACCCUUUCAAAGCUAAAUGUGUUUGAUCUAUCCAAAAGUCUGUCAAAUUCUCUGUUUUUCCUCCCUCAUAAGUAGGAACAUGGGUGGAUGUCCAAAAAUAAAUAAUGUGGCUGAGAAUUCAGAACUA